AUGGAUCAAUUAAUUGCCCAAUCAAUUCAAUUAUUCCAUCAUACCCUUCACUCUGAUGCUAAUGUCAUCAAAGCUGCUGAAGAACAACUUUCACAAAUUAAAGUUACAGAAGGUUAUUCAAAAGUUUUAUUAAAAAUUUUAGCAUCAAAUGAAGUCGAUAUUUCAAUUAGACAAAGUGUUGCUGUAUUUUUAAAGAAUAUGAUUAUUAGAAGAUGGAGAGGUGUCGAAGAUGAAUCACCAAUUUCAGAAUCAGAUGCCGAAUUUAUUAGAGAAAAUCUUAUUGAUUUAUUAGUUCAUUCACAUCAUUUAGUUCAAAAUCAAAUCGAAGUUAUGAUUGAAAUUAUUGCCAACCGUGAUUUCCCAGAAAAAUGGACUUCAUUACUUCCAAAAGCUCUUCAAUACAUCAAUACUCAAGAUAUUAAAUUAAUUUUAGCUGGUUUAACUUCAUUACAAUUAGGUAUUAAAAGAUAUCAAUAUAUUCCAUCAGAUGACAAGAGAAGAGAAUCAUUAUAUGAAAUUAUUAAACAAAUUGGACCAUUAUUAUUACAAAUUUUAGAAUUUUUAGCAAAUCAUCAAACUGUUGAAUCAGCAAUUAUGCAAAAGAAAAUUAUUAAAAUCUAUUCCUAUUGUAUGAAAUUUAAGAUUCCAGAAUUAUUAGUUCAACCAGAAGUAUUAAAAGGAUGGUUAAAUCAAUUUGUUAGAAUUAUUCAAAGAGAUAUUUCAGUACAAGAAAAUUCAAAAUUCAUUGAAGAUUGUAGAAAGAAUCACUGGUGGAGAUUAAAGAAAUCAACAUCAACACUUUUAUGCACAAUUUUAAGAAAAUCUGGUAAAAUCAGAAAGUCAGAUCCAGAAACUCAAAAGCAAUUAUCUGCAUUAUUCAUGCCAGCUUAUUCAAUUGAAAUUAUGAAGAUUUUCUACGAACAAUUAAGUGGUUUAGUUGCUAAAAACAAUGGUGUAUUCUAUGAACGUUAUCAAAAGAAACUUAUUGAAUACUUUACAACUAGUGUCAUCUAUGGUACUACCUAUGUCGUUAUGAAAACUUUCCUCAACGAUCUCAUCCAAAAAAUAUUAUUCCCAAUUCUUUGCUUUAAUGAAAAAGAUGCCGAACUCUGGGAAGAUGACCCACAAGAAUUCCUUCGUUCACAAUUCGAAUCUGCUGCCACAUUUGCAACUCCACGUAUUGAAGCUUUAAAUUUCAUUAUCGAUGUUGUUGGUAAACGUGGUAGAGCCAAUUUAGAUUCAAUUAUGGGUUUCUGUAUUCAAAAGUUAAACGUAUACAACAGCGCUGCUGAUGCAUCACAAAAGAAUCCAAAUGAAAAAGAUGGUAUUUUAAUUAUUAUUGCUGUUCUUUCAACUUAUUUAAAGAAUAUUAAAUUCUAUAGAUCAAAUUUAGAACAAAUGCUUUUACUUCAUGUUUUUCCAGAGCUUACAUCAGAACAUGGUUUCCUUCGUGCUCGUGCCUGUAUUCUCUUUAGCGAAUUUUACAAUAUCGAGUUCUCAAAUCCAGUUUAUUUCUCAAACGCUUUGAAAUUAAUUUUACAAUUAAUGUCAGAUAAAGAUUUACCAGUUCGUAUUAAAGCCGGUAUGUCAAUUUGUAAUUUAGUUCGUGCCCAUCAAGGUCUUAAUGAAAUUCGUCCAAUUCUUCCACAAUUAUUAGAUAAAAUUUUCAGUCUUUUAGGUGAAGCCGAAUCUGAAGAAUUAGUAGUUUCAAUCGAAUCAAUCAUUCAACGUUUCAAACACGAAAUUGCUCCAUAUGCUACAAAUCUUAUCAGAAACCUUUCUGAACAAUUCCUUCGUCUCUUAGAGUUAGAAAAAGAUCCAGAAAAUGAAAGUGUUGCCAGCCAAGAAUGUUUAAUGGUUUAUUGCACUCUCUUAAGAGCACUCAAAGAUGUACCAGAUGUAUUUAACCAAAUGGAAAACUACAUUGUACCAAUUCUUCAAACCCUCUUCAAAGAAGAUUGUAUUAUGUACUUAGAAGAAGCUCUUCGUAUCCUCACCUUCUUAACCUAUUAUCCAAAAAGUAUUUCACCAUUAGUUUGGAGUUUAUACCCACAAAUUAUGGGACUCUUUGAAGAGUUUGCUUGUGACUUUAUUUCAUCAUACGUCAAUCCAAUCGAUAACUUUAUCUCAUAUGGUACCGAAGUUUUCUUUUCAACUCCACAAUACAUUGAAGCUAUUUUCAAUAUGUACAAAAAGAUGGUUGGUGAUAUUCGUCAUUCACCAGUUGAUGCCUCUGAUGCCUGUAAAAUUAUGGAAUCAGUUGUUCAACGUGGUAAAGGUCGUAUUGAUAAUGCUAUUGCUCCAAUUAUGGAAAUUGCAUGCACUCGUCUUUUAAAUAAAGAAAAAGAUAAUCAAAUGUCCAAGGAAUUUAUGGUUUAUCUCAUUGAAAUCAUUGCCAACUGUAUCUAUUAUAAUCCAUCCAUUGCAAUUAAAUAUCUCGAAUCAAAUAAUUUAGUAGAACCAAUCUUUUCAAAAUGGUUCAGUAACAUCAGUAAAUUCCAAAGAUUCUACGAUAAGAAGAUUUCAGUUUUAGCUUUUUCAGCUUUAUUAUCAUUAAAUCCAGCACCAAACUUUGUUAUCCAUGGUACAACCACCAUUAUCACCAUGAUGUUAAACUUCACUGUUGAUAUGUUAAAGAUCGAAGAAGAUCUCGACAAAAAGAAUGCUGAAUACGAAGCUGAACUUUUAAAGGGCAACAUCACAGAAGAAGAAGAAGAAGAAGACGAACUUGAUGAAGAUCUUGACGACUUAUUAAAGAACCACGACAGAGAAUUCGAAUUUGCCGAAGUCAAAGACACUGACGAUUGUGAAGGUGAUGACGAUCACGAAAUCUUUUUAGAUGACCUCGAUAAGGUUACUGAAUACUACAGAAGCGGCGCUGGUGAUUUAAAUAUCGAAGACGGUGAAGAUGACUUUGAAUUCGAAGGCGAACUUCAACAUGAUGAAAACGAAGACGAUGAAGACGAACAACUCUUUGAAGACGAAGAUACCCCAGAUUUCGAAACACCAAUUGAUGAUGUCGAUGGAUUCGAAUAUAUGUUAGGUUCAAUUCAAUUCUUUUUCCAAGCCAAUCCAGCUUGUGGUUCAAAAUUAACUGAAGACCAACAAAAGAAGAUUCAAGAAUAUAUUCGUAUUAUGCCAGAAAGAAAAGAAAAAUUACGUAUUGAAAAAGAAAAAGAAGAUAAAAGACAAGCCGAAUAUGAAAGAAAACAAAAAGAAAAAGUCCAAAACUUGGUUCAAUAA